GAUACUGGGCCCUCCUGACACAAUAUUUUAUAUUGUGUUUUUUGUUUCCAUUUUGUGUACAAGUGUCUGACUGGUGAUCUAACCUUUUUCUUCAAACUUCUGUAGUCUCCGUUAUAACUCCUACUCUUUACUUUGCCUUUCUCCCCUUUAGCUGACACUGUAUCAGAUGUCUAGAGAGAAAUGUUACACUAGCAAAGACGGUGGCAACAGGGUGUUGAUUUACGGGCAUCCAGUAUGUGGCACCCUGGCUCCAAAUAAAGAUUACUGUAAGGUAAAGUGUACUAUAACUUUUUGAUUCUUCAGAGAAAGAAAGAAAGGUGUUCAGUGUUUUUUAGUCUUUCAGUAUAAACACACUGAGCAUGUUUACAAGAGUGGUUUUCACACUGAAACAAUGGGCGGUGUUGUCCAGCUGCCACACCUGUUAACGAUCUGGCCACUAAUUGCUCUGUGAGCAGCUGCUGCUAAUGGCCUUCAUUAAGUCAGACCUGGAGCGCUGAUAUGAAGGAGACACAGAGGGAUAUAAUAAGGCCAGAGGUUACUCUCAAGUCCAGUCAGUCUUGAUAAUCUGUUUGUCUCAAACCAUAGCUUCUGAGGAGUACGGGGUGCAGCUUCUCAGCGAACAGCCAUGGCUCUUGGGUGCCUUUUAUGUGUUUCCUGGAUUUGUUUUUUGCUGUUUGAUGGCAGUGCUGGUUUACCAGCUUUAAAAGGGUAUGGAUAUCCAUACACGGCUGACUCGCGUAACCUAGCUGAUGAUGGAGAAAAUGAAGGGUUGACCUCUCUGACCUUUGAGGGUUACUGGCCGACUUCAAACAGCCAACCAGCUGACGGUGUAUACACAAGCUAUAACAAGCCUUUAGUUUCACAGCAGCCAGUCUCUUUCCCAGCUCAACAAAAACUGCCUAACACACCUGGUGCACCUCAGGUAGCAAGACUUGUAAAUGGUAUGUUGAGAAACUGGGGCCUGGAAAACCUUGACAAACCACUCAUCUUUCCUUUAAGAAUUAACUACCAGCUGGGUCAUCCAGAAAAGUCUCAGCCAGGCCCUAUCCAACCUCAAUCACCAUCAUUUAAUGUUGCAUCUUCAAACAGUCUGCACGCCUCUCCAAGCACUGGCGGUGCUACUCAUUAUGCUAGUUCAACUGCAUACUAUGACCCUGCCUCAUCUUACACCUCUCAGGCUGCAAAAUCUCCUAGUUCUGACUCUUGGCAGCCUGAACCAGUUAACCGUGACCAUGGUGUAGCCGACUUGAACACUGGCUCCAGUGCACAUGGAGGCGACUCAAGUAACGUGCCCCAUCUUGUCUUUGAGGAUGUCUUUCAAUAUCCCUCUGCAAACACAGAGCCAGCUGCUCCAAGUCAUGGUGGCAUCUCAAAUGCUGGAGGGUACAGCCAAGCUCAUUAUGUGAGUGAGGGGUCUUUAACUGAAAAUGCCUUAGAAACCUCAUUCCCAAGUUACCCAGCUAAUGUAGGUGCACAUCCUAGCUCUGCAUUUGGGAAAGGAAGCUCAUCCUCUAGUUAUCAGCCACAUGAGCGGACCUCUCCUCAGCUUCCACAAAAACCAGUCAUCGGCUCUCAAGUGGCCUCCCAGAGAGUGAGUGAACCAAUCCCUCCUCCUCCUCCAAGCUAUAUUAGCCAAUCCAGAACUGGCUACCAGCGAGGUGGGUAUCUCUAUGCUAAAUCCAUCUACUCACCAGAAUUUCCCCCUCCACCUCCAAUACCUGUAAGCUUGCUGGGUGUCAAAAGGCCUGCAAUGAGUUACAGAGCUGCCCCUAAGGGUGUAAAGAACCCUCAAAGCGCCAAAUGGUAACCAUCAUGGAUAUUGAUGGGUCCAGGCAACAGACUGUUUCCUCCUGAAGAAAAUAAACGUUUUAAAAUUUGAA